AUGGCCUCCCCCGCCACCACCCUCGACCCCAUCACAGCCGACUCCCUCCCCCAGCUCCUCGCCUCCGACACAAAAGUCAAACUAGCCGGCAUAGACGUCGACGGCAUCCUCCGCGGCAAGCUCGUCUCCAAGAAGAAAUUCCUCUCCAUCGCCUCCGCCGGCUUCGGCUUCUGCUCCGUCAUCUUCGGCUGGGACAUGCACGACCUGACCUACUUCCGCGAGCUCAAGAUCAGCAACAAGGAGAACGGGUACCGCGAUAUUAUUGCCGUUCCGGACUUGUCGAGCUUUAGGCGCAUUCCGUGGGAGGACGAUGUUCCGUUUUUCUUGGUGGAUUUUUUGGAUCCGGAUACGAGGGAGCCGGUGUGUGCGUGUCCGAGGGGGUUGGUGAGGAAGAUGCUGGGGAGGAUACGAGAGAUGGGCUAUGGCGCGAUGGCUGGAGCCGAGUACGAAUUCUACCAAUUCAAAACCCCUGACACCACCUCCGAGAUCUCCCCCGCCGCAUACCUCCGCGAGAACCCUCCGCAGUCCCUCCCCUCCCUCACCGAAGGCAUGUUCGGCUACAGCCUGACGAGGCCGGUGCAUAACCAGGCAUACUACUACGAGGUGUUCGACUCUUGCGAAAAGUUCAAGUGCGACAUCGAGGGGUGGCAUACGGAAAGCGGGCCAGGCGUGUACGAGGCGGCACUCGAGUUUGGGGAGUUGGGCGAGAUGGCGGACCGAGCCAGUUUAUUCAAAUACGUUGUAAAGUCCGUGUCGACAAAAUACGGCAUCAUCCCCUGCUUCAUGGCCAAGCCCCGCCAAGGCCUCCCCGGCAACUCCGGCCACAUGCACAUCUCUCUCACCUCCGCCCAAACCGGCGAGAACAUCCUCUUCCGCACAACACCCGACCCGAACCCCCAAUGGCCCGACAUUACCCACCUCUCCGACCUAGGCCGCCACUUCCUCGCAGGGAUCCUCACGGGCUUGCCGGACAUCAUGCCCCUCGUCGCGCCCACCGUUAACUCGUAUAAGCGCCUCGUUGAGAACUUUUGGGCCCCCGUAACGGUGUCUUGGGGGCUUGAGCACCGCGCCGCUUCUGUGCGACUCAUCGCGCCGCCGACUGCUAAGCCCGGGGCUACGCGCUUCGAGAUCCGCGUGAGCGGCGCGGAUACGAAUCCGCAUUACGUACUCGCCGCUAUUCUCGGGCUGGGGUGGUGGGGCGUUCGGGAGAAGCUGACGAUUCCGUGUCCGCCGCUGGGGAAGGGGGAGGACGUGGGCGGGGCGUCUGACGGUGGGCAGAGGUUGGCGAGGAGCUUGAAGGAGGCGAAUGAGAGGUUUAUGAGGAAGGGAAGUGUGGCGAGGGAGGUGUUUGGGGAUGAGUUUGUUGAGCAUUUUGGGGGGACGAGGGAGCAUGAGGUGAGGCUGUGGGAUGAGGCUGUUACGGAUUGGGAAGUAAGGAGGUAUAUCGAGACGGUGUAG